AUGUUAGUUGAUGAGCGAGACCGACAUCUAUUGACGAUCAAUACUCACAAGGGUUUGUUCCGUUACAAGAGAAUGAACUACGGUAUAGCCUUAGCUCCGGCAGUGUGGCAGAGAGCCAUUGAACAAGUUUUAUCAGGCAUCGCGGGGGUACACGUAUUUUUAGACGAUAUUACCGUAACGGGGAGAAAUGAUCAAGAGCAUUUUGAAAGGUUAGAAUUAGUAUUACAGAGACUAGAAGAAUAUGGUCUCAGAGUAAAUAAGCGGAAAAAAUGUGAAAAAGCUUUCAAGGCAUUGAAACAAGAAAUUGCUUCAGACCGAAUUUUAUGCCAUUAUGAUCCUAAGUUACCUCUUGUAUUACAAACGGAUGCAUCACCAGUUGGAAUAGGAGCAGUUUUAAGUCACAUUAUGCCAGAUGGUUCGGAAAAACCAGCCAUGUUUGCAUCAAGGUCAUUGACUAAAACGGAACGUAAUUAUUCACAGAUAGACAAGGAAGCAUUGAGUAUCGUAUGGGGAGUAAAGAGAUUUUAUCAAUAUUUAUUUGGUCGACAUUUUGAUCUCGUAACCGAUCAUAAACCCCUAGUAUCAAUUUUCGCACCUAAUCGUAGUUUACCAUGUCUAUCAGCAACACGAAUGGUUCAUUAUGCACUUUUUCUCCAAGCAUUCAGUUAUACAAUCAAGUAUCGAAAUACAAAGAAUCAUGGCAAUGCCGAUGCACUUUCACGGUUACCACUAACAGUUGACAAGGACUGUGAGUACUUGACUGAAGCAGACGUGACAAAUAUUUCGCAAGUUGAAUUAAUGCCUGUUACAGCAACCGACAUAGCUAGAGCUACUAAAACUGAUAGGAAAUUGUUCGAACUGUAUGAAAGUUUAAAAUCUGGAACUGAAUUACCUGUGCCUUGGAAAGGUAGAGAAUCUGAAUUUUCGUUGCAAAAUGGUUGCAUAAUGUAUGGUCAUAGAGUAUGCAUUCCUGAAAAGUACCAGAAUCAAGUUUUGGAAGAACUUCAUGUUGGACAUCCUGGAAUUGUCAAAAUGAAGGCCAUAGCUAGAAGCUACUGCUAUUGGCAAGGUAUUGAUGCCAGUAUAGCCAAUUUUGUUCAGAACUGUUCAGCUUGUAUCGCAACGAGGAACGAACCAGCAAGGAUAAAUCGACAUCCGUGGGAAUGGCCAAAUGGACCUUAG